AUGUUCCAAACAGAAACAUCCGCCCCCCUCCAGUCGAUCCGCUCGUCGUGUGACCGCUGCCGGCUGCAGAAACUCAAAUGCACUGUGCAAGCCGUCGAGCCAGACGGCCGCAUGGUGUGCGAGCGCUGCGUACGUGCUAAAGUACCGUGUGUCUUUGGACGACGCCGACGUGCUAGUCGGCCGAGCGAGUCCAAAAAACAGCAGCAGCAGGCGGACAAAGAGUCAAACACGGCCACAACUGGUUCGACAACGCCUUCAGCAGUAAACGUCAAAAGGGCUUCUGCACCCACCCUCGAUACCGGCGUGCUGACCCCCCCGUUGUCGACCAUCGACCCGCCAUUCGGCCUCGACACGCCCAUGGAAACUCUCAUGGACUGUGAUUCUGAAGGGUCAGCCUACUUUGGUCUUCCUCUCUCCCAUCAGGGUCUCCAUUCUCCAUAUCAAGUCAGUGCCAGCGCCAGCACCAGCGGCAAUAUGAUGGACUGGGGCUGGCUAGACGAGAACCCUUUUUCAGGAACCCAACAUGGAUCAUCAGCCAUGGACGAGCUGUACUGUCUCGAUCCAGAGCUGCUCGGUACAACCACCACCACCGGCACAGACAUGUCCACUCCAUCCUCCGGCGCACCCUCACUCAGCAUGGGCUCAACACCAACCGAUUACACCCAGGCCCUAGUGUCAUCAUCCAUUCUGCUCGAAACCAGCAGCACCAACCCUAACCCUGACACUCCUUUACCAACCACCACCCUCUCAACAACAACAACAGUAGAUUCAACACCUUCAGCCCCUCGCCGUCUCCCAGCUCUGAUCGCUGAAAUGCAACAGCGCCUCGAACUGCUCGAGCACGGCGGCUGGCUAGACCCUCCCGGCCCGGGCAGCGACGAUAUCAGCCACGCCCGCAGCUUUGACCGGUAUCCCAUCGGGGCUGUCUUAAGACUGACACAGGAGUUUGGCGCGCUCACGGGGGAGGUGUGGGUUGCCCCCUCAUUAUCAGCCGGGUGUUGUAACGGGUCAGACAGGUGUGAGAAGGGAGACGGCCUGGGACAAGGGCCGAAUGUAUCGACUGUGUUGUUGGUGUUGGGGGGUUAUGUCCUGCUUGUGCGACUGCAUGCGUUGGUGCUGGCGCAUUUGCAUGCUCAUCUUGAACGCUUGCCGUCUCCGCACUCUCAUGGCCAUUCUCAUGCCCACUCUCACAGUCCAACCCUCACACCAGACCAAGACUCCCCCCCCUCCCACCAAGCCCCAACAACCCCCACCGGCUCCAAAGCGAUGAGCAUGGGCGUCAGUCGUAUCCAUGCCGCGCUGGGUAUGCUGCUUGCCGCGCUGCAUGGGGUCGAGGCUCAGUUGGGACGUGGGGGGGAGAGGGUUAGGGGGUUGGUUGUUGCUUUGGGAUUUGGUGUUCUUGGGGGGUUGGAGCAGGGGGCGUUGCAGGAUGGGUUGGGAGAGUUGGGGGAACGGGUGAAGUUGGUGAAGGCGUUGUUGAGGGAGAAGAUGGGGUUGUGA